GUAUGAAGGAAGCGGCCGUGAUUUCAGUCGCUUACAGACAGUCACAUGUUUACGUUGUAUUGCUCAUAUGACUAUCGCGUUCAAAAAUGACAGCUGGAUCCAGCCAGCAGAAUGCAGCAGGGGUCUUAUUAAUCAUUCAUUUAUGUUUCUAUGGGGGUUAUCAACUGACUGAGUUACAGGUAAGGGUCUGCUUCAGCUCUAUACCAUACAGGAAUGCUGCGCAGCGCGCCAUAUCAGGUUAUUUACAUUGUAACUGCUGCUACACUCAGAGUAGAGCUCUUACAGUGUUUAUACACUCGGAUGUGCUACAUUGUAUUGUUAUAUUGUAACUGCUAUGCUACUUGGCUACACUCACUGUUGCUAUUGUAAUGCCCCGUUUCGUCUUGCCCUGCUACUGAAUGGACAUCUGUUUUUAGCGCAAUAUGGAGAAGAGCCUGUCUCAAGUCAGAGAUAGCAUUUCUUUUGGGAGAUUGCAAAAUAUGACGUUUUCAUUCAAAACAGGAUAAAUAUAUUGUUUCAGGUGAUAAUAAAACAACAUGUUAUGUUUAGUUACUUUUUCCUCAACUUGUUUCUCUAACUUUAUAGCCAAGUCAAGCUAGCUUGCAGUGCAGAGCGCCACCUAAUAAUUAUCAUCAAAAACAAACACCAUUACGGUCACAAUAAACUAAAACGGGAGGCAACAGUCAUAUAAUAAAAUUGUCUUAACAGCCAAUGUGUAUUUUUUAGCUAGCUGUGCCACUAGAGAUCCUGGUUCGAAUCCAGGCUCUGUCGUAGCCGGCCGCGACCGGGAGACCCAUGGGGCGGCGCACAAUUGGCCCAGCGUCGUCCAGGGUAGGGGAGGGAAUGGCCGGCAGGGAGGUAGCUCAGGUGGUAGAGCAUGGUGUUUGCAACGCCAGGGUUGUGGGUUAGAUUCCCACGGGGGUACGCUCUGGAUAAGAGCGUCUGCUAAAUGACUAAAAAUGUAAUUUUUUUAACGUUACUAUUAAAAUGGUACUUAUAGGAAUGGGUAAUUGUUUACAAGUUGCUAGCUAUCCAAUAAAGCCAUCACUGAAAACCACAUAUUUGCAUCUUGUUUUGUGGUUUGGUAACCUCCUGUUUUCGGUGGUGGCUUUAUGGGAUAUCUAGCACCUUGAAAACAAUUACCAAUUCCUAUAAGUACUAUUUUAAUAGUUAUGUUUCGUCUCUCUGUGUUUCAUAAUUGUCCUUCAAUAUCCAAGAGGCUGAAUGUAUCUCACCGGAGAAAGCAUCCGAGAGAGCGAAAGAGCGGCCCUAUGUCUCUGUAUGUGUUGGCCAUCUAUCCGAUGCUGUCUGACCAAAAAAAGUAUGACAUUGUUGCCGCCCGUAUCAUUGAAUGCAAGGGAAGCCAGCGAGCAUUUCACCUCCCUUGAUAAAAAAAAGUAUAAAAUAGCCAAUCAGCGUCGAGCAAUGGACAUUAUACCGGUGGAAAUGUGUCCUUUGGUCUGGAGUCCAAAUUUGAGAUUUUUGGUUCCAACCGCCAUGUCUUUGUGAAACGCGGUGUGGGUGAACGGAUGAUCUCCGCAUGUGUAUUUCCCCCGUAAUGCAUGGAGGAGGAGGUGUUAUGGUGUGGGGGUGCUUUGCUGGUGACACUGUCUGUGAUUUAUUUAGAAUUCAAGGCACACUUAACCAGCAUGGCUACCACAGCAUUCUGCAGCGAUACGCCAUCCCAUCUGGUUUGGGCUUAGUGGGACUAUCAUUUGUUUUUCAACAGGACAAUGACCCAACACACCUCCAGGCUGUGUAAGGGCUAUUUUUCCAAGAAGGAGAGUGAUGGAGUGCUGCAUCAGAUGACCUGGCCUCCACAAUCACCUGACCUCAACCCAAUUGAGAUGGUUUGGGAUGAGUUGGACCUCAGAGUGAAGGAAAAGCCUUCACUUUUACGUUUAUUGUGAUGGUUAUGGCGUUUGUUUUUUAUGAUAAUUAUUUGGUGGAGUUCGCUAGUGACAGUGGCAUCUUCAACCUAGCCUAGCUUUAAACUAGCUAGCUACUCUGCAGCGCAAGCUAGCUUGACUUGCUAUAAAGUUAGAGAAACGAGUUGAGGAAAAAGUAACUAAAGAAAACAUGUUUCAUUAUCACAUGAAACAAUAUAUGUAUCCUGUCUUGAAGGUCAUAUUUUGCAAUCUCCCAAAAUAAAUGCGAUCUCUGACCAGAUACAGGCUCUCCGUUACAAACACUACACAUGUCGGUUCAGUAGAGUGGCAGGACUCGGUGAAGACCUACGGCGUACUGAAAUACGUCACGAUGUAAACCGGGCCAUCAAUAACUGUCUGCUGCUAGUCUUGUCUGCAACAUUCACUGAGAUUUGUUGCUUGAAGCUAUUUCUCAAUAGUUUCCUGGAAGAUCGUUUUUCUUCUUCUUCUUAAUCAGUUGUUGAAGAAAGCUGUUGAUGUUGAUAAAGGCGUUGUGAAUAUCUCUGUUGUGAAUUUGUGCUGAACAAACAGGUAUGCCACCUCUGCAACGGAACAGUGCAGAACGGCACCGCUCUGGGCCAGUUCUGUUCCGCGGCUGCGGGUUUGAUUGACGGACGCUGCUGCCUACUGCGAAAACAAAACCCCAGCAAUGCUGACUACGUCAUUGGGUAGGUUUUUGUGCUUUGACAACACAUUACAUGACAUUUACAAAAAAAAAUAAUAUCAUACUGCCCCCCCGUGGGAAUCAAACCCACAACCCUGGCGUUGCAAACGCCAUGCUCUACCAACUGAGCUACAUCCCUGCCGGCCAUUCCCUCCCCUACCCUGGACGACACUGGGCCAAUUGUGCGCCGCCCCAUGGGUCUCCCGGUCACGGCCGGCUACGCCAGGCUUUGUUUUGUAACCUUUAGCAGUUGAUAACCUGGUGGUCCCAGUGAAUUGCCCAUAGGACAAAUACUCAAUGAUUAUUCACUUUAUGUAAUAACACAUUUAGUAACAUUCCACAACUGUAACGUGGAACAACUGGUUAGUAAAAUAUACCAACUGAUUGUAGCCAAAUGUCUCAUUGUCAUUAUGUUGCAUUAUAUAUUUCCCCUAAACGUUUUUCAUCCCACUCUGUUUCACACUCAGGUUGGACCUAUCAAACUGUUCUCUAAGCCAUGUAGAGGACCUUCAAGAGGCAUCAACAGCUGCAAUGAUGUAUGGAAAACAGACCAUUUUACAUUUAGGCUACAAACAUGAUCAGUUUGUUCCCAUUUUAAUACAGCCGGUGGUACUUACAGACGUAUCUUCUCUUCUCUUCUCUCUGUUACUCUUCUUCCACAGAGAUCUCUCACUGAACCCCAUAGUUAACCUGAACAAUUCACUGUUUCAAGGCUUCAUCCAGUUGGGUUACCUGUAAGUACAACUCACUGAGCUGUCUUAUCAAGUCCAAUCUUGCAAUGCACAUUUUAAUGUCCAAUCAGUUCCUUAUUAGAAUAGAAUUCACACAUAUUUUAAUGUCCAAUCAGUUCCUUAUUAGAAUAGAAUUCACACACAUUUUAAUGUCCAAUCAGUUCCUUAUUAGAAUAGAAUUCACACACAUUUUAAUGUCCAAUCAGUUCCUUAUUAGAAUAGAAUUCACACAUAUUUUAAUGUCCAAUCAGUUCCUUAUUAGAAUAGAAUUCACACAUAUUGUAUUGUCCAAUCAGUUCCUUAUUAGAAUAGAAUUCACACAUAUUUUAAUGAGCCUAUAUCCUUUCUUUUUGGACCUGCAAGGGCUCUGCCUGCCAACCUGGCCUGUCCGGGAGGCAAUGCAUCGUGGGAUAAGGUGGAGGUCAAAGGGGACACAUGUCAUUGUGAAGGACAGAAGGACAUCUGCAACCAGACUGAACACCUGUGUGAGUCACUGUCAAGGUGUUUUGCUGCAUGAUCGUUGUUGUUGUUGUGUUGAAUGAAGAAGUAGCAUAGUCCUUAUUUGUAGUUUAUAGGACAAUAACUAAAAGUGGGUACCCCGCCACUGUUUUGGUAAAUAGAAGAAUGGGGCUUGGGAAAUGUAACCACUCUCAAAUUCAUAGACAUAGCUAUGGAUGGAAGGACUGACCAUCCAUGAUAUCAACAUGAUAGUUUUAACCAUGUUAUGAGGCGAUACAGUGUUUGUUUACAAUGACUUUGUUUACAAACAAUGGAGUAAACAAGCGUAUAUUUUUGUUAUAAUGAGGUACCGAAGUUGAACUAAGCUCAUGAGGCAUUUCUAAGUUAUACUCUUCAACAAUCAGUGGGUAUAUGUAAUUCAUUUAAGAAGUCAAAAAAACGUAUGUAUAUCGCAGAUUGCCCCCUUUAAACUCACUUUGGGAAAUUAAAAAUGUGGGUGUCACCUUAGCUGUGAUUCUGAAUACAGUGAUCUGGUAUCAAUAUUAUAGUUGGCAUUGUGGUUCGUUGCUGUCAUAAUUUCUGUUCAUAAAGUAUCUUAUGAGUCUAAGCUUUCCCCCCAUAACAUUGCUUCUACAGCGUUGAACUGCCCGGAGAACUCCCUCUGUUCAGCAUACGGUCCAGGCUUCUUUGAGUGUAGCUGUGUGGACGACUUCCAUGGAUACAAGUGUCUUCGAGAGGUCAGUUAGUACACCACGUCAUCCCUGUAUUAGUAUUUUCGUGACAAUGGCUUUAACUUCAUCAUCAUCAUCAACAACAUUCAUUCAUAUCCAAUCUCUGAUUGUUGGAAGACAGAAUGAGCGUUAAUUGCCAAGGGAACUCACAGCCUUUCAAACAAAACAACCAAACCCCCAUUGUGGUGUCAAUGCUAUGGUAACACUGAGUCACAUUGUUGUUCUCCUCGCUGUUGUUGACAGGGGAAGUUCCCUAUAAUCCAGGUGUUCGGGCUUCUAGGGGCCUCCACAGUCCUGGUCUCCAUCCUGCUAUGGGUCACCCAGAGACGCAAGGUCAAAUCUGUCUGAGGUUGUACCCACUCCCCUGGUCUGAGGCCUGGUCCUGGGCCUCUAUGGUUGGAAGACACUGAUAUUUUCCAGUGAUGCCGACAUGAAGAGACAGGGAAAAUCUGAUGCGAACAGUUUUAAAACGGACUUCUAUGGAGACAGUUGGAUCAUGCUCUGGACCUUUAUUGUUUUAAUCAUCCGUUUUGAUGGGGUUGUUAAAUCUUUGAUUUAUCGCCACGGAUGUUAGAAGUGUUGUACCUUGCAGGCGUUUCCCUAGAUCAACAUCUAAGAGAUAGUGGUGUUGUAAGACAAUAUAUAACCUCACACUAAUAGCCUAUGUGCCAAAUCAUGUUUAUAAAAAAAAAGUUUAGUAAGAUGCUAGGGGCCAGUUUCCCGCACACAGACUAAGCAUAGCCCUGGACUAAAUAAUGUAUUUCAAUAGAGAUUCUCCAUUGGGCGUGUUUUUAGUCCAGAACUGCGCUUAAUCUGUGUCCGGGAAACCG